ACUUGUGAAUUGUCAAAUCAAGGCAGCUGCAAUAAGAAUGGGUCUUGCUCUUUAAAAAGCCCCCCACAUUUGACCCAAAUCAACUGGAGAACUCAUCGAUUGUCAAAGUCAAACAAGUGCGUGUGUGCACCACGGUGUCGUUUUGGGGGUUUCCUUCUGUCUUCGUAACUGUAUAACCCAUAUUUAACACCUGUUCUUCCUUUACUAUUCUCAAUUCACCAUUUUUUUAUAUUCUUUCAUCUCUUUUUGAUCCCAAAAAUUAAACUCCUCUGCGUUGACUUUUUCGGUCAAUUCAUCUAUCUGCUUCAUAAUCUUCAAGGAUCAACGUCGCGUUGAAAAUCAACUUUUUAAAUAGAAACAUGGCUGAGGAAUCAUCAACUUCCCGACAAAACAUUGUUAGUUGCCCAUUUUUGCGUAACAUUAACGAGCCAACUAAUUUCUCCUUUUCUUCAUCGGUGCAUAUCCCAUUGCCGGUACGAGGAACCAAAGGUCCUAUAUUUGAGGACGGUCCCAGUUUUGAUUCGGCGUUUAGGCUUUUCCACAGUCAAAACGGUGUGGUUCCACUUUCCGACCCAUCAACACACGGUCCUCAAAAAGUGAAGUCCGAGCCACCCCCACAGCAGUUCCAUCCCUUAGCCGCCAGGGCAGCUACAAUCAGUCUCUCGGGUUUUGGCGGGUCCUUCGGUUUUGACGCAUUCAACGAGAUGUUCAAGAAUCAUCAACGAAAACACAAACCAUCCAAGAAAAACUCCAGUCAUGAAGCAUUGGGUGAAGAGUGGUUACAAAACGGCAAAUGCCCAAUGGCCAAAUCUUACAGAUCAGUCACUAACGUGUUACCAAUUAUGGCCAAAGCACUUAAACCGCCAUCAGGCAUGUUUGACCGGUGCCCACCGGUCAUCAUGGCGGCUAGGGCGGCUCUAUCAAAAACCGCCUUUGCAAAGAACCUACGGCCCCAACCACUGUCUGCAAAAGUGCUCGUGAUCGGAGCCAUGGGCAUGGCGGCGAAUGUCCCAUUAGGGAUAUGGAGAGAGCACACUGAAAAAUUCUCACCGUCGUGGUUUGUGGCGGUUCAUGCUGCGGUUCCAUUUAUAGGCAUGCUUAGAAAGUCGGUUUUGAUGCCCAAAUCCGCCAUGGCUUUUACUAUUGCAGCUUCUGUUUUGGGUCAGGUGAUUGGUUCUAGAGCUGAACGGUACCGGCUUAAAGCGAAGGCUGACGCGACCCAUGAAGUAGCGGUUACGGGUGGACGUUGUGGCGAGCCUGUCGAGUGGGACUCGGAGUCUUUGCAGGCUGUUAGGCCAGUUUCUUGAAGUUUUGAUUGUAUUGGCCAAAACAUGUAUACAAGUGUUGCAGAGUCUUUUUGUAUGUUGUGUAAUAUAAGUGGUUAUGAGAUUAUCAACAUUAUUCUACUUCCUUAAAAUGCAACUUGAAACUCCUUGUUCAAAGUUGUUUCUUUGAGUUACAUAUUUAUUAAACAA